AUGAGGGUAAAGCACACGAGAUCCGGGCUCCGAAUUCCAUUGCUGAACGCUAAUGACGCUUUCUUCUACGGCCCGAUCACCAUCGGCAACCCGCCUCAAACAUUUUUGAUGGACUUUGACACGGGCUCCGAUCUGACCUGGGUUUCCUGCAGAUGCAAGGCCAACUCUCCGCAAUGUUUGCGCAGGAAUCAGUUCUUCUGCGAGGGUUCCUACACAUGUCGGGGUACUUCAAAAUUCUAUGAAAUCGUCUACGGAUCGGGCUCGGUGGACGGCAACUGGAUGGCGGACAAAAUUUGUAUCGGUCCAAGCUUCUCCGGAUUCUGCACGGAUUCGUCGCAAAAAUUUCUUUGUGGCCGUAGUGUCAAUGGUGACUUGGCGGACUCUGACGGAACCGUUGGGUUGGCCUAUAAUUUCGGCACGCUCGGCGCGUCUCCCCUGAGGUUCAUUUUUGCCGAGCCCUACUGCAAGCACAAGAUGUUUUCCAUCUGGAUGGGGAAAUCGAUGGAGCAUCGGGGUGGGGAGUUGACGAUCUGCGGGGCAAACCCUUCGCGGUAUACGGGACCAAUCUACUGGGUGCCGAUCCUGCGUGAUGAUCCAUUUUGGACAAUUCGAGUGCACCGCGUUGCAAUUGACGGGUUUACGGUCUGGCGGCCCCCUAAAGCGAGAAAACAUUAUGCCAUGAUUGACUCCGGUGCUUCAUUAAUGGAUAUAGGCGCAGAUGCUUUUUCCCAGAUUCGUCAAUUUAUUCCGGAUGAGGAGUGUGAUCCGGAUCGGUUGCCGAAUAUUGUUUUCACCCUCGGGCCUGGGCUGAACUUCAUCUUCAGGCCGAGGGACUACAAGGCAUUUUAUACCCCAACGCAAUGCUCGUGGCUCAUGUUCGGAACUCGUCAUGGCAACCGUUGGAGCUUCGGCACCUCCUUCAUCGAGCGCUUCUACACCAUCUUCGACUUCAAGCACGCCCGCCUUGGAUUUGCCGAAUCGAUU